UAAAGAUUUAUGUGAAUGAAAAAAUCCGCUGGUCGUUGCCAUGGCAGCGCGUCGUGGUGACGCUAGCGGAGCUCCACAGCGCUUCUAGCUCUGCUAGCUAACAGUUUAACAUUAAACCGACAUUUUAUCGCCACCGCGGACUUUAUUUCACGAUGCCGCCCAAAGGUAAGAACAAGAAGGCCGGGAAGGGGAAGGCCUCGGCGGUGGUGGACGGUCUGCCCACCGAGGAGAUGUCCAAGGACCAGCUGGAGGAUCACAUCAUCCGCCUCCGAGAGGAGCUGGACAGAGAGCGGGAGGAGAGGAGCUACUUCCAGCUGGAGAGGGACAGGAUCCAGGCAUUCUGGGAAAUCUCCAAGAGGAUCCUGGAGGAGGCGAAGGCCGAGCUGAGGAACAGGCAGAGGGAGAGGGAGGAGGCGGAGGAGCGCCACCGAGUGGAGAUCACUGUGUACAAGCAGAAGCUGAAGCACGUCCUGUCCGAGCACCACAACGUGUCCUCUGAGAUGAAGAUGGACGGCGUGGCCUCGACCACGCUGAUCCAGAACCAGCACACGGUGUCCGAGCUCGGGCUGCAGAGGGAGACCCGCGGGCUGCAGGCCGACCUCCAAGAGAAGAAGCUCCACAGCGAAACCUACAUCAAGGAGCUGAAGCUGAAACAUCAGGUGGAGUUAAUGGAAAUGGCAAACAGCUACGACCAGAGAAUCAGAGAGAUGGAGCUGAACUAUCACGACAACAUGCAGACGAUGAGCGAAGCGGAGAGGAAAAGGUGGAACGCUGAGAUCAACGAGCUGGAGGACAGAAUGAAAAGUCGCGUUGUGAGUCUGGUGGAGGAUAAUGACCGAGCUCUCAGACAUGCUGAGGAGCACUACGCUUCUAUCCAACGUGAACUCUUAUCAGAUCGAAACCAUCUGAAGUCAGAACUCGAGGAGGUGAUGAAGCAGUAUUCCAGAGUGGACAAAGAGCUGUCAGCAGCUCAGCAGGAGAACAAACAGAUGAGUGAAUCUCUGCAGGAGGCCCAACAAAAGCUGCCACAGCUGCAGAAACAGCUGGAGGAGUUCGAGCAGGCCAAGGCCAUGAUGGCGACGUGUCGAGCUGAGAUGAAGCUGGUUGAGAAGGAGCUGAGAGACCUGAUGGUGGAGAACGAGCUGCUGCGGCAGGCCUUUGGGAAGGUUCAGCAGGAGCGCGACGAGCUGCUGAAGAAGCAGAUGGAGCUCCUCCUGGACCUCCAGCAGAAGAGUGGGCUGAAGGAGCUGCUGCUGGAGAGGAAGCUGUCGGCGCUGACAGAAACUCUGGAGCAGAAGGAGGCUCAGCUCUGCGCCGCGCUCUCCGCCUCCAGCGUCGACCAGACUGCAGCCGGCAGCGCUGCAAACAAACUGGAGGAGAUACUGGACUCCAAACGGGUCACCAUCGAUGCCUUACAGUGCGACUUGGCCCAAGAUUCUGAGGUGUAUGACACCAUGCUGCACACCUGUAAGGAGAAGCUGAGGGCUCUGGGCGUCCCUCUGUACGACUUCCCCUUCAGGCCCUCGGAGCAGAUCCUGGGCCGACUGACUCCGGGUCAGAACUCUCCUGGACCUGCGUCCAAACACUGAAGUCCUCCAGGUGUCAGGAUGACUCACCUGCUCCACCUGGAUGAUACUUACCUUCUCUACCUCUGCCUCAGUCACAUGCAGUGUACAGCUUUAGCGUUUUUACACAAAUAUAAGUGGGCUUUGUUCUGAGCGGGACCGGUCCGUCACCCUGGUGCUGCUGGUGACGACACGUUCACCAGGUAAACUGAAUCACAAAGGUCACAACAAUAAACAUGUUUUCAUUCUUCUUCA